AUGGCUGGUACAAGGAACUACGACUUCCUGAUCAAGUUACUGCUGAUUGGUGACUCUGGGGUCGGAAAGUCAUGCUGUCUAUUGCGAUUCAGUGAAGACUCGUUCACUCCGUCGUUCAUUACUACGAUCGGAAUCGACUUCAAGAUACGUACCAUCGAGUUGGACGGUAAACGCGUAAAGCUCCAGAUAUGGGACACAGCUGGGCAAGAGCGAUUUAGAACUAUCACUACCGCAUACUACAGAGGAGCUAUGGGCAUACUUCUUGUAUACGAUGUUACCGACGAAAGAUCAUUUCAAAACAUUCGCACUUGGUUCUCAAAUGUUGAGCAACAUGCGAGCGAAGGCGUUCACAAGAUCCUUAUUGGCAACAAAUGUGAUUGGGAAGAGAAGAGAGCUGUGUCAACUGAGCAAGGGCAGCAAUUGGCCAAUGAGCUGGGAAUACCAUUCCUUGAAGUAUCAGCUAAGAACAACAUCAACAUCGAGAAAGCGUUUUAUGAUCUCGCAUCCGAUAUCAAGAAAGGAAUGGAUACGUCGAAGUCCGAACAGGUCGGCUCCCAGGGCGUGAGCAUAGACCAGCAAGGUUCUGGGUUGAACGGCAACGCGGGUGGGAAAUGCUGUUGA